AGGACAGGAAUGUGGCGGUUCUUGGAAUCUGAUUGAUAAGAUGAUUUCAUCUGAGUACUUAUGAAAGCCAACACAGCCACAGGCUUAAUAAUAUUUCGUGCAGCGCUGCAGCUUGAAGACAUGUGUCGGUACAGGCUCUCGGCCGCCGUGGUAGUGGCUCUUGUGGCAGUCCUUGCCUUGCCCAUCCCCACUCGAGGCUAUGGAGAUGAGUUGGUGUGUUACUUCUCGUCGUGGGCUCGGUGGCGGCCAGGCAACGGUAUGUUUGACGUGGAGGACGUGGAUCCCUUCCUAUGCACCCACAUUGUGUUCAGCUUCACAGGACUUAGCAACGUUACCUGGGAACUGGAGGUACUGGAUCCUUGGAACGAGCUAUGCCCAGAUGAGGAGGGAGGACAUUACUGUGCCUUCGACAGAUUUGUAAAACUUAAAGAAAAGAACCCAAAGCUGAAGACACUGCUGGCGGUGGGCGGCUGGAGGGAAGGCUCCGAGGAUUACUCGGUGAUGGCAGCAGACCCUUAUAAGAGGCAGGUCUUCAUCAACAGUGCCAUUGCUCGCAUCCAUAAACAUGGCUUUGACGGCCUGGACAUGGAUUGGGAGUAUCCUGGCUCUCGGGGUGGUGCACCCGAGGAUAAGGAGAACUUUGUGACACUGAUGCAAGAAAUGCGAAGGUCAUUUGAUGAGUUUGACCCGCCGCUGCUGUUAUCCUCUGCUGUGGCUGCAGGGAAGAGUAUCAUUGAUGAAGCGUAUGGAGUGCCUCAGCUGGUGCCUGUCAUGGAUAAGUGGCACAUCAUGGCCUAUGACUAUCAUGGUGCCUGGGAGAAUUUUACCCACCACAAUACACCUCUUUGUGGAUACUACCUGGAUGAGGAAGAAUUUCUCACCUUUAAUGUGAGGUUCACUGUACAGUAUUACUUGGACCUUGGGGUGCCCAAAGAUAAAAUGGUAAUGGGCAUUGCCACAUAUGGCCGCUGCUGGACCCUGGAUAACAUAAAUGACCAUGGAAUGUUGGCUCCAGCCCACCUCCCUGGACCAGCUGGACCAUACAUUCGUAUCCCAGGCACUUUGGGUUAUAAUGAGAUCUGUGAGAGACUUCAGGAAUCUGGAGAUGACUGUGUGGUGGUGCAUGACCCAAACCUCUUUGAGCCGUACUUCUACUGCCAUUAUGAUAAGAUUUGGUGCGGCUUUGAUGAUGCGGACUCUGUCUACCUCAAGGCUCGCUAUGCCCGAAACAAUGGUCUGGCAGGAGUAAUGGUAUGGCAGAUUGACACAGACGACUUCAAGCCACUGUGCCAACAAGAAAGAUUUCACCUCAUUAACCAGAUGAAGCGUGCUAUCCAAGCACCAGCAGGUGGAGAUGAGCUGGUGUGUCCAGAUUUUGGUACAGUAACUGAAGCCUCAUCCACUACUGAGAUUUCUUCAACUACUACCACAAUUACAUCAACUACUACUGAGCUUCUAACCACUACUGCAAUUGAGUCUACCACUACCUCCACUACUACCACUAUUACCACUACUGUUGAUCCUGGCUCUACUACCACUCGCAAUCCUAGUCUGCGUCCUGAUUGCACAGGGUUGCCUGACGGUACCUCCUUCCCUCACGCUGACUGCAACAAGUACUGGGUGUGCAUCAGUGAGUUGGGUAUAUUGGAGCUGUGUGGACCUGGCACUGUUUGGGAUCAAGACCUUCAUCUUUGUAAUUGGGAAGGUGAUGUGGACCUUUCACACUGCCACCAAUGGAUCUGCAGUGUAGAUAACACCUACUAUCCUCAUCCUGACUGUGACAAGUACUACUGGUGCUCACAAGGAUCUCCAGUUCUGGAGCAGUGCCCUAGUGGGACAUUGUGGAGCCAGGACAUGGUGCACUGUGUGAACCCCUCAGAUGUUGACACAUCUACAUGCAACAUUCCAUGACGAGAACGAGACUACAAUACACCAGCCAGCAAUCCUGUGGAUGAAUGAAUGAUCAAGUGGUGGUGUGCUGUUGUGAUGAACAGCAUCAUACCUGUCUUGCUGCAUUUCUACAAUCAAUACACUGGAUCCUCUCUAAUGAGAUUUUUUCAGAGAAAUUUUUAUAGAAAAUAUCAUACUUUGUUCUCUCUCUCUCUCUCUUUGCCAACAGACUGCAAUGUUUGAGCGCUCCACUAUGAUUCAAGUCCACAGUCAUUAUCCACUGUUUUAAUUUAUAUUUAUCUGAGUCUUAUUAUUUUAUUUGUCUAUGUACAAUUGUAUUUCCCAAUUUUCUUGUGAGCUCUACCUAAUUAUUUUAAUUGAAAAAAAUAUUUUAACAUUGAAAAUUACAAAAUUUGACCAAUAAAUUUUUUUCAAUUGUUUUAAGCAAUUACUCUGAAAUCUAGUAUUGAUAAUAUAUAUAUAAUAUACGUACAUGAAUUUUCGCUUCCAAAGAUAAGUUUUUGUUAAGCCAUUUCAUUUAGAUUUUUUUUUCAACAGUUAAAAAAAAAGUAUAAGAACCUUAACCACAUAUAUAUAUAUAUAUAUAUAUAUAUAUAUAUAUAUAAAGGUAUAAAGAGCCUUUUUGAAAAUCUUAUCUUUUAAGGAAAAAUAGUAGUCAUUUCAUUCCUCUUUUUGACAAUAAAAUAAACAUUUCCAUUACAUUGUAGAACAACAACAGGAGAUAUGCUUGAUAUUUAGGAGCUGCCUUCUUCUGGGAAGUGUGUAUAAUUCAAUAUGUUAGGUUUUUCUAGUAGAAUUUUACAUGCAUUUGGAUAACGGUGAUAUAACUAAAAGGAAACCAUGGUUUAUUAUUAUAUUCAGGGCUGACUGGCACCUGGUCACUGAACUCUUCUCUCAAACCUCAAAGCUCUACUUUGGAAGAUUGAUUCACUCUGACUACUUCUUGCUACCUAUUAAAAUACAGUGGCUGCAAAUAAA